AUGUUAUAAAAAAGGUAGUACCAGUUAGAGGGGAGAGCUCUUCUGGCUGCUGAAAACAGUUGUAUUUGGAGCUUAUUAUCGCAAUCAAUUUUCUUUCUCUGAUAAAACUGAUUUCCAAGGACCAAAGACUAUAUUCAUGAAGCUGGGGUGGGGAUUUUGAAUUCCACUGUGUCACUCCGCUACAGUUUUUCUUUGCACCACCUUUGUGGGAAGUGGAUGUUCCAGGAACAAAUGCGUUGGAGCUUGUUGAAAAACCUCUUGUUAGAUCAGUUUUAGUCAAAGGUUACGGAAUAAAAAGUGCUGUUCUGAAACAUACAAGGACAGAUUUCCUGGAUCUCAGCAAGACACAUUAAGAAACACUAGUGGCUCUUGCUCUGGUGGACUUUUCUAAUCUUUGACAUCUAACAGAAGAAAAGAAAGCCAGUGCAAUCUAAUGUCACAGACACAGUCCUCUCAAAGUAUGUCCAUGCAAAGCAGUUCUCAAUGCAAGCCAGCUCCAAAGAAGAAACAAAAGAAGUUUUCUCAUAAUGAAGACCGUGUACUUGUGAGUACAGUCAUGGCCCAUGCAAAUGAAUUAUUUGGUAAAAAUGCACUUGGUGCUUUGAAGAGAUCUUCUAUCUGGGAGGGUAUAGCAAGAAAGGUCAAUAAGUUUAGUGAGACAGAGCGCACAGUGAUAAGUUGCAAGAAGAGAUUGAAUGAAUACAAAAGGAAAAUUACAAAAACUAUAAAUAAUACAGAGCCUAACAUUGGAAAUGCAAAGCCUCAAAAGAAACAUUGGUCUAAACAAGAGAUGUCUGUAAUACGGUAUUUUAGACUGGAUUCUGGUUCUGGGAAUAAGACACAGCAGGCUUCUACCAGUGCUUCAGGAACAAAAGUCACUGCACCUCCAGCACCACGUCCACGGCCACAAACUAUGGAUUCAUUUUUGAAAGCUACACGAUUGCCACCAAGUCAGACAAAAGCUUCUGCUGUAUCUCUUCCUGGACCUUCUACAGCUCAAACUCCUCCACUGGCCCAACAACAAAGUCGUUCCCCAUCUAAAUCCACUACCCCCUCCUGCAGAAAAUCAAUAGAGGAAAAAUUCUUGAAACUGCAGAACGACGUUGAGGAAUUAAAACAAAUCAUUAGUUCACAUUUUGAUCUUCUUGAACAAAUGUCAAACAAAUAAAUGGGUAUUUUACUUGCUAACAUUGUUUAGUAAAGUUUAAA